AUGAACAAAGACGCGACGAGCUGGUUUUCAAAUCUUCCCGCCGAGACCAUCGACAGCUUCGACGAUCUCAGCACGGCAUUCAUGAAACAUUUUGGCAUGUUUAUGUCAAAAGGCAACACCAAUCUUUUCACUAUGGCACAGGGAAAAGAUGAGCCUCUUCGCGAGUUCGUCGAGAGAUUCAAAACAGCAGCAGCAGAGCACUCAGACAUCCCUGACGCGAUAGGAAUCAAAGCUUUCGAAAACGGCUUUGGUUCGAAUCAAAGUUGA